UUGACUAGCUACAUUCGGCUUUGCAGAUGCCACAUUCCAGACAGACGUUUGUACAUAGAAAAAAGAUCUGUAAUCGAGUAAAGGGAGACGUAAAGUAAACAUUUAAGUGUAAAUGUUCAUUCAUGGUCGUAACAUAGGACGUUUACCGAUUUCCUUUUUACGGUUACGUUACAUGUUUCACGCACGGCUUUUUUUACGAUCCUAUGUCCCAGAGGAGGAGGAGUCGGUGGCACCAACCCCCUUCUCAUGUAAUGGGGUAGGGCCAUCCCAAGGAUCCCGGAACGUACGGACGGUGUUAGUGGGGGAACAGGAAGUUCCGGACAGAAGCACACCAUUCUUCAGACUAAAGAAAGCGUGCAGUCAAGAAGAUAACCAUUGUGUCCGUUUCUAUUUAUUACUACAGAAUGAAGAACGUGAUAACUACUUGACAAGUUACAUAACUAGAGACUUGGUUUGUCUGAGAGGAUGUACAUACUUUUGUCAAGAAUUAAGUCUGAGGCCGGUAACAUCAACAGUGAGGACAAACCCAACCUGCCUCUCUCCUUCCACACUGAGUCCAAACCUACAGUCACUGGGUCCUGAUUGUGACAGUGGAGCCCAGUUUGUACUGCAGGAUCCAGAGAUGGCAUCAGUGAAGCUUGAAGACUGCAGUCAAACACUGGAGCUGAAUGUCAUCAUUAAAGAUGAAGAGGAGGAGGAGAAGAUAGAACCUGCUCUUACCAUGAGAAACAGAUGUCCCUAUCUAAUGAAGACAAACCCAGCCUGCCUCUCUCCUUCCACACUGAGUCCAAACCUACAGUCACUGGGUCCUGAUUGUGACAGUGGAGCCCAGUUUGCACUGCAGGAUUCAGAGAUGGCAUCAGUGAAGCUGGAAGACUGCAGUCAAACACUGGAGCUGAAUGUCAACAUUAAAGAUGAAGAGGAGGAGGAGAUUGGGAAAUCUGUUUCUCAUGGAGACCGUGUUGAGACAUUCUCUACAUCCAGAGAGCAGCAGGAAGAUCACAGAGCUAAGAGGUUUCACCAUUGCCCACAUUGUGAGGAGAUUUUGCCAUUUCUAUCAAAGCUAAAAAUACACCUAAAAAUACACACAGGAAAGAAUCUGUAUUCCUGCACUGACUGUGGGAAGAGUUUCACAACAUCAACUAAGCUAAAAGUUCAUCAGAGAACGCACACAAGAGAGAAGCCUUACUCCUGCUCUGACUGUGGGAAGAGUUUCUCCCGAUUGGAUAACUUAAACACACAUGAACGUAUACAUACAGGAGAGAAGCCUUACUACUGCUCUGACUGUGGAAAAUGCUUUAAAACAACUGCUGAGCUAAAACUUCACCAGAGAACACACACAGGGGAGAAGCCUUACUUAUGCUCUGACUGUGGGGUGAGUUUCUCUCGACUGGGCCACUUAAAAAUACAUGAACGUAUGCAUACAGGAGAGAAACCUUACCCCUGCUUUAAUUGUAUAAAAUGCUUCACAACAUCAACUGAUCUAAAAGUUCAUCAGAGAACACAUACAGGAGAGAAGCCUUACUUAUGCUCUGACUGUGGGUUGAGUUUCUCUCGACUGGACCACAUAAAACUACAUGAACGUGUACAUACAGGAGAGAAGCCGUACAUCUGCUCUGACUGUGGAAAAUGUUUUAAAACAACAGCUGAGCUAAAAGGUCAUCAGAGAACACACACAGGAGAGAAACCUUACUCCUGCUCUUACUGUGGAAAGAGUUUCUCUCAACUGGGCCAAUUAAAAAUACAUGAACGUAAACAUACAGGACAGAAGCCUUACUCCUGCUUUUAUUGUGUAAAAUGCUUCACAACAUCAACUGAGCUAAAAGUUCAUCAGAGAACACACACAGGAGAGAAGCCUUACUCCUGCUCUGACUGUAGGAAGAGUUUCUCUCAACCGAGCCACUUAAAAAGACACCGAGGUAUACAUAAAGGGGAGAAGCCUUCCUUCUACUCUGACGAUGGAAAAUGUUUUAAAUCAUCAGCGGAGCUAAAAGGUAAUCAGAGAUCACACACAGGAGAGAAACCUUACUUCUGCUCUUACUGCAGCAAGAGUUUCUCCCGAUUGGGUAAUGUUAAAAUACACCAACGGAUACACACUGGAGAAAAGCCUUAUCACUGCACUGACUGUGAGAAGAGAUUCUCUCAACAGAGCAAUUUAAAAAGACACCAAAGUAUACAUAAAGGAGAGAAGCCUCAUCAGUUCUCUCAGACCAGCUAAGAUUAGACACUCCACUUAAUUAUCAUAAAAUAAUUGGCAAUGUUGAAUUGGAUCAAAUGAAGAAAGCAUAGAACACUAUUGAAAUCCUAUUGUUUCUCACUGUGAGAGAACUGUGCAGAGGGAAGGGAGUGUUUAUAGAAUGUUAGCCUCUCUUUAAUUUAGUGAUCAGUGUGCACCUGGUCAGUUUUGGUGUGUUUUGUUAGCUUCUACUGUAAAGAUAUUGAGCUGACCUUGGAUUUGCCCUUAGGGUUGAAUAUCCUCUGUGAGGCGUCUCACUAUGGAGUCUGAUGGUUGACUGGGUGGUACUGCUUCCCUCUGCAGUUUUCUGUAGGAAUGAGCUAGUAGACACAUCAUGCACUGAGUGUACAAAACAUUAAGGACACCUGUUCUUUCCAUGACAGACUGACCAGGUAAACCCAGGUGAAAGAUAUCAUCCUUGAUGCUAUUUAUUUAUUAUGGAUCCCCAUUAGCUUUCAGCAGAAAACAAGAAGUGGUGGGCUAGGGAAUGAAAACACUGGACACUGUAGAAUUUGAACAACAUUGCCUGGUCUGAUGAAUCCCUGAUCCUGCUGUUUCAUGCUGAUGGGAGGACUAGGGUAUGGAAAAAAACAUGAGUACAUGCAUUCAUGCUGUGUGUCAGCAUUGCAGGCUGAUGGUGGUUGUGUGAUGGUUUGUUUUCAUGGCACACAUUGGGCAUUUCAUGCCAAAUAAUGUCCGCCGGCCAAAUAGUGUCCCCCUCUAUGUCACAAUGGGAUUAGAUAAACUAUUAGCGUUCGUUGCUAUACCAAUGGUGUGAUGACCUAAUGAUUAGAAUUUUGGAGAUCAUUACAGCCUAAAUGACGUUCUUUUCAUCAUCGCUAUGCAAACAAGGCUGAUUUCCCCGACAAUUUCGCUGUUUAAAAGUUUUGUUUAGCUAAUAAAAUACAAACAUGAAUUGGUACUACUUUUUGGUACCUUGUUAACAUUACAACAUGAAAUCCAUGUCUUAAAUGUUGCUACAUUUCGGAAAUGGCAAAGAACACAUGUAAUCUGCUUGACACAUUAAAGUGUCUUAACUUAUAGAUCACGAAGUCAGCUAAUAUCCAUUUGAUUCAUAAACGGGCUUGUCUGGCUGUCCUGUUUUAUUUUAACUGUUAUUUUAACCUAGCCCUUGUGGUUGAAUAUAUGUAUGUAUCUAUUGUAGGUCCUAGCAUACAACAAUGAAUAAUGUGUAGCAAAUAAAUACCAUCAAAGGACACCUGGCAAUAUUUAAGAUUGUAAUAUAUAAACUCUGAUUGUUUUUUGGUA